AUGAGUCCUCCAACAACUCAGUAUGGCAUACAAAGUACUGCCGGGGCAGUACCAAUUAAAAAUACGAAGGGAGAAAUAUCGAUGCAGAAGGUGAAAGUGCAUCGAUAUGUAUCCGGAAAGCGCCCUGAAUACGCCCAGUAUGCCAGCAGCGAAGAGGAAUCCGAGGAUGAUGAUUUUAUGGAGCAUCGCCGUGCAAAUGAAGAACAGCAACAACACGAUCAUUCGUGAGUAUAUGGGAAAUAAAAACUAUGUGACCCUAUUUCUAACGCUUGAGCCUUUAAAUGUAACAGUGACGACAAUGACCUACCUGAGGAUGUGGAUGAUCCCCGUAUUCGUCGUUUGCAAGCUGUACGAGCCGAAAACCAGGAUGAUCUGGAGCGAGAGCGUAGGGAGCGCCAUCGAGUUAUACACGAACCAGAACUGGUACACUCAGAUGAUGAUAACGAACAAGCCCAACGUGGGAGUGAUGAUGACAUGGGGGAACAACGGAGACAAACAAGUGACGCAGAGGAGUAUCAGGAUGCGUCGGCUGGAACAUCCCGCCGCAGACGGAUCUCGCUUGGUUCCGAGUCCGAAUCCGAGGCCGAACUGAGUGAUACCGAGAUCGAGCGUAGGCGCAACCUGCUGAAAUCAAAGAUGCUUCAGCAAAAACGUCGAGAGGAGGAGGAACUUUUGCAAAAGCAAGAGGAGGAGGGUAUGUCGGAUUCGGAGGAAUCGGAAAGUUCGGAAUACGAGGAGGAAACGGAAAGCGACGAAGAGAACGAACCACGUCUGAAGCCAUUGUUUGUCCGCAAGAAAGAUCGCACGACAGUAAUCGAAAAGGAACGCGAAGCUAACCGCCAGAAGCAAAUUGAGUACGAGACGAAAAAAAUUGCCAAAGAACGGCGAAAGCAAACGCUUCGGAUGGUGGAGGAUAGCAUCAAGAAGGAACUGGAAAAGACCAAGGUCGAAAACGAACCCUCGCUCAAUGAUGUCAACACGGACGACGAGAACGACGAGGUGGAGUAUGAAGCAUGGAAAUUACGUGAAUUAAAACGCAUUAAGCGAGACCGCGAAGAGAAGGAACAAAUCGAGAAGGAGAAGCAGGAGAUCGAACGGUUGCGCAACAUGACGGAAGAGGAACGACGCCAGGACCAGCGCAACAACCCGAAACAGGUCACGAACAAAAACGUGAAGGGCAAGUACAAGUUCCUGCAGAAGUACUAUCAUCGCGGUGCGUUCUAUCUCGACCAAGAGGACGAAGUGUACAAGCAGGAUUUCUCUGCUCCGACUCUCGAGGAUCACUUCGACAAGACGAUCCUGCCGAAGGUGAUGCAGGUGAAGAACUUUGGCCGAUGCGGGCGAACCAAGUACACCCAUUUGGUCGACCAGGACACGACCAAAUUCGACUCGCCGUGGGUAGCGGACACCGCGAACAGUACCAUAUUCCAGUCGGAGCGCGCCGGUGGCAUGAAGCAGAUAUUCGACAAACCUUCGCAGUAUCGCAAAAAGCGAGACGUGUAGGUUUAUUUCCUACAAAAUUGUCUUACAUAAAUUCGAACACUGUCGUGCUUAUCAUACAUUACAAAUUUAGUAGUUAAGAAAUAUAGUUUUAGACAAGAAAUAUUUAAAGAAAAA